CUAAGGUGGUCUCGGUUGGUAGGACAAAGAAUAAGCCACGAAACCAAGCUAAUAUAGUGGUGUUACGAUGCACUCAACAUCUCAUCUCUUCUCCCAAGGGGUCAAUGGCAUCCCGCUUAAUCUACAAACCUUUCUACUCUGCAGUCAAAACUUGAGGCACCGACCCCCCGCCCCCUUUGAUUCUUUCUUUAGAUCGCAGAUCAGGAUAAUAGAAGGAAGGAAGGAAGGAAGGAAGAAAUAGGAAAAGACGAUACUAAUAUCAGGGGAAUAGUAGCCCUCCUGCUGCUGCUGCUGCUAUCACUUUUAGUUGGGGUUUCUUUUGAGGAUGGAGUUCACGCAUGGAAGAAGAAAUAGGUUUUCCAUCACCGAGAAAGAAGAGAAAGGGGAAGAUUGCAGAUAUGCUGCUUUCGUACCUUCCCCUUCUUCCUCCUCGUCGCCAUCGUCCUCCUCCGCUCCUUUCAGGCGGAACGACGGCUCCUCGGCCAGCGGCGACAACCUUUUUGUGGAGAAGGAGCACAUGUUCGACAAGGUGGUAACGCCAAGCGACGUCGGCAAGCUAAACCGGCUGGUGAUCCCGAAGCAACACGCCGAGAGGUACUUCCCGCUGGACGCGUCGGCCAACGAGAAGGGGCUGCUGCUCAACUUCGAGGACCGCACCGGCAAAUCUUGGCGCUUCAGGUACUCCUACUGGAACAGCAGCCAGAGCUACGUGAUGACCAAGGGAUGGAGCCGGUUCGUCAAGGAGAAGCGGCUCGACGCCGGGGACACCGUCUCCUUCAGUCGUGGCGUUGGCGACUCCGGUCAACGCAAUCUUUACAUCGACUGGAAGCGGCGGCCGGAGAACCACGACCCGGCCCGGAUGCCCCGCGUUCCUCUCCCGGCCGUAUCCUUUGUGCGGUCGGUAGGACCGUGGGGCGGUCACCUCGUCAUGCCACCGGCGUCGGCGUACGACCGCCGCCGCGAAAGCUAUGGAUACAGUGUCGCGAGCCCGAGUGCUAUCGGGGGACAGCUUCUUUUCUUUCGUUCCCCAGAGACCGCGCCGCCACCCGUGAAGGUGCAACCCAGUGGCAGUGGCGGCCUGUCCAUGGUUCUUGAACCGAUGCCGGAGGUCCACAGCCAGGCGACGGCCAAGCGUGUAAGGCUAUUCGGAGUCAACCUUGUCCGUCCCGAAUCAGAAGGCGACGCCGGCGGCGGCGACGGCGGCGGCGGCGGCGAAUCUACAUCAUCUUGCCUGUUACCAUCGCAAGAAACAUCUGCUCUCCAUCUCCUCCGAUUUCAGCAUGGCAGCGUCGAGUCCUCGUUGGCAUCAUCGUCCUCGAUGAGCAAGGAGCAGCAUUCGUCGUUGGAUCUUGACCUAUGAGGACGAAGGACCCUGCGAGGGAGCAUAUUGCGAUUCACAUGCUGAUCAAUUGGGAUGGAAAUCGAACCCGAAUAGAAUGAAAGUUUUGGAGGUUCUUUCUUUAAUCUUGUGCUUGUCUUUUACUCUUAAAAACGGAAGAACGGAUGGGUGCAUCCAAAUCAAGAGCUGGUUUAAUCCUCCAUAAUCUUCUCUUAAAAGUGUAAAUACGCUGGAAGAUUCAAAGGCUCGUAAGCCCACAACAUAGGAUUCUUUUGCUAUAAACUCUCAUGUCUUUGUUGAUCUUCCUUUGAAUUGGAGUUUAUUCCAACUCCUAAGCCAGGUUUUAACAGCGUCGUCUCUCUCAGAAGAUUCCAAAGUAGUCGAUUCGGCAUUCCUUAAAAUGGAGGACAGACAGUUCUGGAGCAAAUAGAGAUCUGAGAGUACUGACUGGUGGCUUCUUGAAGCACAAUUUAGAACUUUUCCUUGAAAGGAAGGUUUCUUGUGAAGACCUGCAGAAAGCGAAGAUGAUGGUAAUUCUUGAUCUGAUCUGAACAUUGGAAUCAUAUAGUUUGAUCUCUAGAACUGAGCAAUUUGUAGAAUUGACCAAUAACAACAAAGAAAGAUAAGAUGAAACUUGGACUGAAUUGUCAGAAGCAGUGACAGGAAAUUAAGGAUGGACAGAGUAGUUAUAAAUAAUGUUCGUUGUCUUCAUGUGGUGUCACCGCUCUCGUUUUUAUAUGAAUUUAGUCAAUAUUGUGCA